CUGCUCACUAGUGUUUGAGACGCAGCCCGUCUCGCGCUCUCAAUCUCGGACAGCGCACUGGUUCACCUGGAUGCCGUGAUUUUCUCUUCUUUCCACUUUAUCUUAUCUCACCACCAAAAGAGACUUUGCUUUGAAAAUGGCAGGCGCUAUUAUAGAGAACAUGAGCACCAAAAAGUUGGUGAUCGUGGUAGUCAUUUUGCUUUUAUUCCAGGCGUUCUUUUUUAUGGUCGGAGGAUUGAUUGCUCCGAGUCCCACCUCAGCCAUCCACUACCUUACUACAAAGUGCGUGGACAAUGUGAAGACCAAGGGCCCCAGCUGGUUCAUGCCUUGGGGCCCUGACCAGUGCGUUAAGAUCAAAGACUUUGAGGAGGCCACGGCCAAGAGAAUCGAAGCGAAUGAUAUUGUGUUUGCAGUCCACAUUCCCUUACACAACCGAGAGAUGAGUCCCUGGUUCCAGUUUAUGCUGGUGAUCCUCCAGUUUGACAUUGCUUUCUACACGCAAAACCAAAUUGGUGAAGGUUUGGUUACGAUGGACGUUCGAUUGGCCUAUAGGGAUGAUCAAGUGAGUAAAUGGACUGAGAUGGCCCAUUCCAUCGAACAUCGCAAACUGGACUGCAUUUUCACUGGAACCAAGACUCCAGAGAAUGAUGGGCGCUACUUUGAUUGUGACCUUUUGCCUUUCAUGGAGGUUGGCAGCGUUGCCCAUAAAUACUAUCUUAUCAACAUCAGACUCCCCGUAAACGAACGCAAAAAUGUCAACAUCGGGAUUGGAGAAAUCAAAGACAUCCGACUUGUGGGCAUUCAUCAGAACGGUGGCUUCACGAAGGUGUGGUUCGCUAUGAAGACAUUUCUCACUCCCAGCAUCCUCAUUAUCAUGAUCUGGUACUGGAAGAGAAUCACCCAAAUGACCAGACCACCAGUCCUGCUGGAAAAGAUUAUUUUUGCUCUGGGAAUAUCUAUGACCUUCAUCAAUAUUCCAGUGGAAUGGUUUUCAGUUGGUUUUGACUGGACCUGGAUGCUGUUGUUUGGUGACAUCCGUCAGGGCAUCUUCUACGCCAUGCUGCUUUCCUUCUGGAUCAUCUUCUGUGGAGAACAUCUCAUGGACAAGACUGAGAGAAACCGCAUCUCUGUGUACUGGAAACAGGUUGUACCCAUUAUGUUUGGCUCCCUCUGUCUCUUCAUCUUUGACAUGUGUGAGAGAGGUGUACAGCUGAAAAACCCUUUCUACAGUAUCUGGGCAUCAGAUGUUGGGACUAAGCGGGCUAUGGCCUUCAUCAUUGUGGCGGGAAUCUGUGCAUGUCUCUACUUUCUGUUCUUGUGCUUUAUGGUGUUUCAAGUUUUCAGAAAUGGCCUGAUCUUUCGCUUCAAGUUCCUGAUGUUGGUCACCCUGGCAUGUGCUGCCAUGACUGUCAUUUUCUUCAUCAUAAGUCAGGUGAACGAGGGCCACUGGCACUGGGGUGCGUACAUGGUUCAAGUCAACAGUGCAUUCUUUACUGGCAUUUAUGGCAUGUGGAAUCUCUAUGUGUUUGCCCUCAUGUUUCUGUACGCACCAUCUCACAAACAUUAUGGGGAUGAACAGUUAAGCGUAAAUGAUCAGGGUGGAAACAGUGGUUAGUAAAAUCAGCUCACCACCACCAUCACACACGUGGAUGGACCUACAGAGAUCUACAAAAUGACUGGAAAGGAAGCUCAAGAGUAGAAAUCAAGACUUCUUAUACCUCUCUUAUACCUUUUGGGUGCACUGUGCGGUCCCUCUAAUUUCAAACAAAAAUUCAUAGCCCCUUUCUGACAGGUAACAUGAGUUGUUACGUGACCUAUUGAAUUGAUGUUCGGACAAAGAGCCACUGCAUGAGCAGAGCUGUACAUCCUGUUGGUGGUGGGAAAAUUAAGCAGUUCAUUUUGGACUGCAGAUAAAGACACUGUUAUUUCCAAGGACCAAUGCAAAGUAUUUCUAAAAUCAUGGAGAAGAUGGAAACAAGAUCUGUUUUUUUUAACAAUGCAGCAACAAGUUAUUAUCUUGUAUUUAAUAUAUAAAUAGUUGUUUCUCUUUGAUUUUGCCUUUUUUGAAGGUAAUUUGUAUUGCAAACAGCAGUGCAAAAGGCGUUGUCUCUGUCAACAUACAGUUCUGUAUAGGUAUAGAUGAUUCUGUUCCUCAUCAGACUUCUUUAAACACUCCUGACUAAAUGUAAACACACCCAGGGAACCCAUAACACAAAUGACUGAGUUCAAAGGUCUCCCUGAACAUUGUUUUGGACUUGAGAUACAAAUAGAUCGCUAGAUUCAGGUUCUCAUAGCCUGAAUGGCAAACACUACAUUCAUUAUGUUACAAUGUAGAGAUAUAUUUUUUAUAAAGUGCUUAUUUUCAUCUGUAUGAAAGCAUUAGCUGUGUAUCACUGUGUUGUAAAAACGUAUUUCGAAUUUGUACAAUUGUAUCACAUGUGGAAUCUAGGGGGUUUUUUUUCAUGCUUUUAUGCUAUUUUAAAAUAAUAAAAAAAUACUGUUUAUAAUCAA